AUGAGUUGCACAUUGUUUUUAUGUUAGGAAUUAUUGAUGAAAAAAUAAAUAGAGAGUGACAUUUUUUUAUCGUUCCCUAAAAAAAAAAGAAUAUUAUUCUCAUUUGUAUUAUUCAAGCAAAAGACUGAAUUUUAUUGAUAGAUUAUCUACAGCUAUAUGUGCAGCUUCUUUAUGUUUAGGUGUUUUAAUCUAUUCAUCUAUUAAAGAAGGACUUAUUUACUUAGAAAUAAUUAUGAUCAUAAUUGUUGCUCUUAUUAAUUUUGCCUUCAUUCUUCUUAUGAUUUAUUAUCUAUUUGAAGGAUAUCUAAUUAAAUUUUAACCUUAAUUAGAUAAAAUAAGAGAUCAAUUAAGAAUACAUCAUCCAGAAAUUAUGGAUAAGUAUCCUUGGAGUAGAAAAAUGCUUUAUAACUAAGCAAAAAUGAAAGAUAAAGUUAAAAAGUUAUGGGCUUCUUUAAGAUAUUAAACUAGAAAAUGAAUUAAUAGAAGAAGAUAAGAUCCUUAAGCACCCUUAUUUUUAAAUGAAAUUAGUGAUCAACCAAUUUUAUUACCUCUCUCUGACUCUGAUAAAACAAAAUAAUGUAAUUAUUGAUUAUAUUCAAUUAGAAAAAACCGUUAAUCAUUCAGACUCACCUAAUUACUAAAAAAUAUACCCUGAAUAAGAGGGUUUAGAAUCAGAACAAAUCAAUUUAAAUUAAAAAAAUUAGGAGUAAUGA